UUUCCCAUUUCUUUCCCUUGCCUCAUUUGGUAUGCAAUCAUUUGCAACAUAUGAUCCUUCAAAGUUCAAAUAAAUUAGAAAUGAGGCAAUAGAAACUUCCAUUGCAGAAGUAAUAACUCUUCUGCUGCACAUAAUGCUGCUGCCUGAAAAAAAUCAAUCUUGAAACCAAAUCUCUAAAUUCUUGUCCGAACAAAAUAAAGUUUGAAUUUUUUUCCCAUUUUAUAGACCAAAAGACUAGGAAAUGACCAAAAUAGCCUUUGUCUAGGGCAUACUCUUCCAUCUCUUUUUUGCACCAAAAAUUGAAAAAACACACACAACACACAGUGAGUACUUACAGAGUUCACACACCACUGUUGGUAGUGAUGAAGGUGGCGGCACACGCGCCUUCAAAUUCACAAAUAUUCCCCACGUGGGCUCUAAAAUACGACCUCAUCAAAACCCUAAAAAAACCCAUCAAACCAAAACCCUCACUCAAACCCUUGGCUCUGUCGAACUCGCUAAGCACAACCUCGUUCAAACUCAGCCAUGGAUAUCAACACGAAGAAAAAUUCAACACCACCCACCACCUCGCCGACGACGGAAACCCAGAUAAAUUCAAGCUCCCCGUCGCGAUACGCGGCGGCGACGCCGGAUACGGCGCCGUUUCGAGGUGUUUUUGGGACGGAGAAGAGCUGAAACUCGUCGCCGUUGAUGGGAGUGAUGAUUUUUCGAUGUGGGAUUCUUCUCUGAGUUUUGAAGAUGGGGUUAGGAAAUUCGGCAGGUUUUGUACGGCUGCUGUGAGGAAUUUCUUCCUGCCGAGAAAAGUGAGUGGGAAUUAUUUGGAGUAUGUCAAGUGGAAGUUCUUGCACCGAGUUUUCAGCUCCGCUCUACAAGUUCUUGCUACUCAGGCAAUGUUUCGAGCUAUAGGAAUCGGCUAUUCUCGUGCACUCCCAUCUGCCGCCGCUCUAAAUUGGGUUUUAAAAGACGGGCUUGGGCGGCUCAGCCGCUGCAUUUACACCGCUACCCUUGCUUCAGCUUUCGAUACCAAUCUCAAGAGGGUUAGAUUUUCGACAUCUGUCCUUUUCAGCUUGAGUAUCGGAGUUGAGCUGUUGACUCCCGUUUUCCCGAAAUACUUUCUGCUUCUCGCAACGAUAGCUAACAUUGCUAAGCAAAUAAGCCUCGCUUGCUAUUUAGCAACCGGUUCUGCUGUUCACAGAAGCUUUGCCAUUUCGGAUAAUAUUGGCGAAGUUUCUGCAAAAGCCCAGAUUCAAACGGUGUGCUUUGAUAACGUUGGUCUUCUUCUUGCUGCUACCCUCAACAUUUUGUUCAGAAACAAUCAAAGGAUGUUGGCAGCUCUACCAUUUGUCGUGUAUCCAAUCUUCUCUGCUUUCGACCUUUACGGGAUUUAUCAAGGGUUAAAACACGUUCAUUUACAAACACUAACGAAGGAUCGGCUCGAGUCAGUAAUAAAUAUCUGGAUUCAUCGACAGUAUAUUCCUUCACCAGCUGAAGUGAGUACAAAGGAAGGUAUUAAUUUCAUGUGGAGCAAAGGCAGGGAGCUACUACCUAUUAGAAUCGGAUGCUUAAAUCCCGAGAGAAAAAUACCGAAGCUAUCUUUGACCACAUUGAGAUUUUUAAAAGACGAUGAUUUCUACUUCAUUUGCAUGGAGAGCAUAAAUAAUCGAUCGGCAAUAAAAGAUCAUGGGAUUCUUCUCUCUCUACGGGAAGGGGCUGCCACGUCAGAUGUUAUCAUGGGAUUAUUACAGGCUUGUUACAUACGAAAGGGACUACUGCGCGAUAUAAACAAUCAGGAUUAUUGUUUUGAAGAUUGUGACUCGUUAAAUUCAGUUAUUAGCGAAUGGUUAUUAUUGAUAAACGAAAGCAAGAGGUUUGCACAAGCUGAUCUUGAUGUUUUAAUCGAUAAUAUGUCGGGAUUAGGGUGGGCUUGCAAGAAUAUUCUUUUGAGCACAAAGGAGCAGGCGAGAUAUAGUUUUGUGGCUGACUGAGGUUAUUUAGGGUGUGUUCUAAUUUUCGCUGUCGGGAAUUCUUACACAUGCGCAUACGAAGGUUAAAAAAAAAGACGGUAGAAAAACGAGUUUUUUUUUUUUUUUCACUACUAUUUCUUGAUUUUGGAUCAUAAUCCAUGUUGUAGAAGAGUUGUAGUUACUACUAUGUAUGUAAAAUAUUGUACUUGCUGAAAGCAGAAUCGAGGUCGAUUAAUAGAAAUUAAUUUCAGUUCGUUUUUUUU